GCAAGGGACGCAGGUCGGGUAGUGACAGGGCUCUGCGGCGGCGGUGUCUGCUGUUGUGAUGAAGUGCGGAAGAAACAAGGGGAAUUCCUGAGAGCUAGCCACCUACAUGAACAGAUUGAAUUGAACUGCCUUAGCAAAGAAGAGGUAAAAACCUGGGCCGGUAAAAAAAUGACCCAUGGCCUGGUACCAAUCUAAGGAUGCGAUGGUCGGAGAUCUGUAUGUUAGGAUACCAGACAUUUUGCAGUGGCAGUGAGAAAUCUACUUGUCCUAGGUCAUGGUCCAGCCCCAGCCUUACGGGGACAGCACCUUCCAGUGGGACAUGGCAGGAGAGGAGGCAGUGGGGCCUGCCAGCCAAGGCUCACUAACAACGAGUCCUCAAGGAUCAUUAAGGAUUCCACCUGAAUUAGCUGGAAAUGAAGUGGUCAACAGACUUCUUUUGGAUAACCAUCAGUUACGAGAGGCAAUAAAGAGGAGCAAUGAUGCCUUGAAAAACAGGUGUGAGGAGAUGGAGGGAUGGCAGCGAAGAUCUAGGGAGGAGAGAGAAUUUCUGAGUGGCAAGUUUCGUGAGGCACGGGCUUUGGUUGAGCGACUAGCUCAGGAGAAUAAGAAUUUGUUGGGCAAGCUCGACCCCAAUGGCAGUUAUGUAGCACCUCAAGACACUGCUAUCGGCACAAAGAUAGCAUGUCAAAAUCGGAACCAAGAAAAUUCUUGUGCAGACAGUAACGGACUGACUGAGAAACCUAACGACUUGGUCAUGAUUGAGCAGAAGGUUGAUGCAGAACAUGACGCUGCCAGACAAACAAUGCCUCGAAGUUUGCCUAAUGAAGGUUCUAAUGAAAUCCUAAGGAUGCUGAAGAGUCAUAAAGAAAAGCUAGAGGAAGGAAUGAGAGAGCUUAGGAAGAGAAAUGAGGAACUGGAGAAGGAGAAAAUGGAGGGUGAAAAAGAGAAUGAACGCCUUCAGAUUACUGUGGACCAGCUACGCUUCCAACUGACACAGCUUACUCAGACUGGUCCUGUAGCAGAGGAGACAUUUCAGAAAACAAAUGCUUAUACCAUCUCUCCAGAAAGAUAUAGAGAGCUUCAGGAAAAACUGAAUUUACUAGAACAGAACACAAUGCAAAGGGAUAGAAAUGAGGCUCUACUCAAACAGAAAGAGAAGGAUUAUAUUCAGCUGACCAAGGACAGUGAGGCUCUGAGGGCUCAGGUCACUUCUCUACUUGGUGAGCUGCAAGAGCGCCAAACCUCCCUAGACAAGUGUGAAGAUGAGAGAAGACAUUUAGAAGAAAGGCUGUGCUCCAAGACCGAGAGCCUACAAACUCUGGAGCGUGACAUGGAGGAGCAAAAGAAACAGCAUUGCGUUACUGUGGACAAGUUCCUGUUGCAGACGCAGAACCUGGAGGCAGCACUGAAGAAAGAACGGACUGUCAUCGUGGAGGAGAGGAGGAAGCUAGCUCAACUCCAGCAUGCUUACACCUGUCUCUUUCAGGAUUAUGACACCAAACUGAAAAACGAAAAACUAGCCAUCUACAGGAAUGCGGAAACAGAGACGCUUAAUCACAGACUAGAGGAGGCUGAGAAAGCUCUGGCACUGAAACAAGCUCAUAUCGACAAACUCAAGGAAGAAGUGGAGCAGCAGAGGACCUUACAGGAGACCAUUGAAGUACUCACAGCGCAGGCGGAUAUCUUCAAGUCAGACUUCCAUGCAGAGAGACGAGCACGAGAGGAACUCAACCAAAAGAAGGAGGAGCUGCAGGAAAAACUGGACCAAACGCUCUCUGAACUCAAUCUCUACAAGCAGGAAAAGAUGCAGCAAAGACACAUGGACAGCUACAGACCACCACCUGCAAUAAUACAAGGCGCAGUGAUGCCACAGCCGAACCGCAAUGCCCCUGAGAUGCAGCCUGAAUACCAGUGCCCUAAGUGUCAGUACAAUGCUCCGGACAUGGACACCCUGCAGAUUCACGUUAUGGACUGUAUCCAGUGAGAAGAGCAGAGCCUCAGAUCAAGAAUAAUGAGCAUGAUCUAAAGAGAUGGAAUCCUGUCACAUCAACUUGAACAUAAACAAUCUAAGCACAAAAGAAAUAAAAUAAAAAUAAAUCAGUGAACGGGACGUUGUAAAUGAACAGCCCUGAUGAUUGCCUUUGCAACUGACCAAGAAAGAACAUACCUAGCAGUUGCAACGGACAUUUUAUUUCGGGGAGCUAGAACUGUCUGCUGUGUACUAUUUUGACAUAGUAUAUUAGUUAUCUGUUAGAAAAGAUGUGUACUGCCUCUCUGUGACAGUGUAGUGUAAUGUACUGCACGCGUUUUGAUGUACAGCACAAGUCUGUCAGUGACAACAGUCCUUUUAUAAAUGUACUAUUUGUCUCUCUGAAUGUAUGGAUUCUGAAUGUAUGGAUUCAUAUUUGUGUUCAUAUUGUCUAUAAUCUUACUUGAAUGUAUUAAAUACAUUGUACAGACUAUUAUGGACAGAUUUAAGGAUUAAAAACAUAAACUGAAA